AUGUAUGGUAUUCAAGCGUAUGUCUUUCAAACGGGGAAGGUGAAUAUUUCCGACACAUCCCAAAACAACCAUGGCUGCCAGACUGUUUCUUUCAAUACUCAGUUCCAGGGUUCUGGAGAUGUAAAGGUGUUUGCAACGCUUAGCCACGGAAGCGAACAUGUCAAAAUCCACGACCCAGCGUCUGUUUGGGUGAAGUCAGUGUCCACAUCUGGUUUUGAUGCCUGCGUUCGUGAAGCAGGCAGUGGUUCUGGAGGCGCGUCUGUGAUCAACUGGCUUGCCUUUCAAGGUUCGCACCAAGGUCUUGAUUCAGGAAUCGUUGAAUUUGAUGAAUUUACCUCAAGAACCCAGUGCAAGAAGAUAUCGCUUAGUAUUCAGAAUAAGGUGAGAUGGUAAAAUAGGUGAAUUCAAUCAGUCAUUUUAACAUACUUACAGGUGACAAACAAUGCAUCCUUACUUGGACAAAAUCGAUCAGGCAUGGAAGAAGGGGCCUUAAGCCUAAAGCUACAUGUAGAAUCGAGAAAUUGGAAGUCCCAUGCUUUACUGUCAUAAUUAGUCACUUAGAAGGAACUUUGAAAAUGUCACAUCAGGGCUAUGUAGGAACCCAGGCCGUACAUUUUCAUUCUUCUUUUUUUUUCUGUGUCAUAGAUAAUUCUUCUUUUGUUAUACUCUGUCUUACUUAGGCGAGACCCCAAGUGUUUGUGACUGUUCUACAUAAACACUCCGACCGACCGUUUGAUUCCAUGAACAUUUGGCUAGAGGACGUCAAAAAGGAUGGUUUUGUGGUUUGCUUGAGGGAGUUUAUGAGCUUUGACGGCAUCCAUUCAGGUCUCAAAGUGGUAAGUUGAGAUUAGAGAAGUCUGAGGAGACUAGUCUUUAUUGCUCUAUUCACGAAAUUACCACGCAGGGUUUGUGUGGCAAAGAAGUCCACCUUUGGGUAACUAAAGGGUGCGUUCCAGUACAUGUGGCAUCACCCACUACACUUCUAUGUACAGUAAAUUCUAUAUCGUGCUUCUUCUCCAACUGGUAUUACAAAAAUUAAUAUAUCAAAAACGACAGUGAGAACAAGAAAGUCGUUUCAGUUAACGUCUUAAGUGCUAGUUUAUUUAGGUUAGAUGUACCUGUUCCCAAUGCUUUUUGCAGCACUUCUGUCUGUCGGAACUCCCCAUCUCAGGACGAAGAAUAAUGAUAAUAAUCGUCCGCAAAUCUGCAAAUAAAUUUGUGUAUAUUCUCUUUUUUUAAAAGAACUGGCUUGCGUAUGAUGUGCUCCCGGCGUUUUGGAAUAUUACUGAAAGAGGAAAGCUUCAUUUUUCUGGACUUGGUGCACCAAAGAAAGAAAACAACUAUGCUUUUUGUCAGGUUGGAAAGACUAACGGUCUUCUACAUGUAUGAGCCUCUGUUUAGUUUAGUACAGCUCAAGGGAAAACGUGUAUCGCCCAUUUCCAGGAGAGACUAUAGCAGUCUGUUUCUAUAAUAAAUGUACGGUUAUCAGUGACAAAAUAGGGUUUAUCGUAUCGUUGAUCCUGAUUUCUGUUGUACACCUGUAUUUGAAUUGUACAAAAGUGCAUCCACUAGCAGUCUUUGCACUAUAAUCUCUUUUAUUUAUUUAUUUAUUUAUUUAUUUAGUUUAGAAAACUUGCAGAACUUUGUUCUAUUUGGAAUAAGAGAAAAAAAAACACUUUUACGCAUUAUUCUAAGCAAGUUAAAUAGGAACUGUCGUAACAACAACAACAAACAAAAACGUUAUUGACAGCAAUGAAACACAUAACACAUACACACUACCUACAUUUAGCAAAAGCUGUUGGAGGCAGGCAGUGUACAUGAACUGAUGCGUUUUAAGACAUUUUUAAAUGUCUUAAAUGUUAAACAAGAAAAUUACAGAAAGGUCUUUGAAUUACAAUACUUUUUCUUAAACCAAGGUCGGAAUAAGAAGGUGAUAAGCUUUGAAUAAGGCUUUAUCAAUGCAUUUUUUUGUGUAAUUUUUUUUUUCAGGAUUAUAAAUUCGAAAAUCCAUUUUACGAGCCUCCUAGUGUCCUCACGUCUGCCAGACAUGACAACAUUACCAGUGCUCUGUGGAUAAAGGCUGAUGGUCGUCUUAGCAAUGCUUUAAAUGUUUGGAUCGAGGUAAGUAAUUUUCCAGACCAUAUACAGCCAUUUAUCUUUCCUUAUUUAUUGAAACUGAUUUCAGAGUUCUUUUUUCAAUUGCCUCCACACUCCAAGUAACUGAGUAAAAAUGAAUUAAACGCUCGAAGUGGCUGCAACGGUUUUAUAUUUAACUUAAUCAAAUUCCUCAGUCAUUACAGUAAUUGUCGUUUCAACUAUGGUUUUGUACCGAGAAAUUUAUUAUUAUUAUUAUUAUUAUUAUUAUUAUUAUUAUUAUUAUUUCAAAUGUGGGCUAGAAAAAGAGUGGCGAAUAAAAGAACUUCAUUCAAUUUCAGUAAAAUUGAUUUUUCUCGAGAAAAUUGACUGAGAUAAGUGUAAAAAGUUUUUUUUCUGCACAUACUUUUCUUGCGUUUGUACUUCUUACAUCACAAAAGAAAUAUCCACGCCUUAAAAAUCUAGGAACUAGAAACGUAAUUAAUACGCAGAAAGCUCCACUUCUUUUUUCAUUUUACUUGGAUAGACUAAGGAAAUUUUUGAACAACGCGAUACUAAGUUGUAAAUUUAAUAUUUAGUUCAUUGUUUAGGAAUUCUACAAAUUUUUUGUAACUUAAGUUUGACUGGAGUUGUAGUAAAUUGAUCGAACUGAACAGUAUUUCUUGCUAAAUUUGUAGCAGUUAUAACUGAAUGAAUUUGUUAUCUUCUAGGAAAUCACUCGUUUGUCUUUCAAAGCGUGCAUCAAGGACAGCCAGGGAAUAAGCAAGUCUCACGAUCCAGUUACAGUAGACUAUGCAAUUGUGGGAGGUAAUUUGUUGUUUCCAUUGCAUCCAAAAUCAGAAACUUUAGUUAAGAUUAGAAGCAGUUUCAAAAUCGAAGAAAGAAAAGAAAAACAAGAAAGAUAAGUUUUUGGACAUAUAUACACGUAGUGAAAGUCUUAAAAAUGUAUUGUCUUCUAUAAUUCUUCUGACUUAAGUCUAGGACCGCAUGCCGAAUGGAGUAAUAUUUUUCCGAAAAAUGUAUAUUUAUUUUAAGCACUUCAUGCUUCAGUAAGAUUUCUGAUAGGAGUUUAGGAAAAAAAUUGGUUAAAUUCCUGUCGUAAGAAGUGAUUUUGUAUUUUUCUCAAAAAUAUUGACCCGUGCACAAAUGUUACUUGCGAGUACCAUGCCAUCUGCAAAGCUUUCUCUGCAUUUGAUGCUCGUUGUGUAUGUGAUGACAACUGCCCGUCGUACGAAGAGCCCGUAUGUUCAUCUAACUCGACAACAUUCAAGAACAAGUGCUUUUGUCUGCUGGACAUUUGCAAACGCAAAAGUAACCACACGCUUUAUCAUCCUGGCAGCUGUACAGGUAAAAUUCUUAAGCUUUUUUACCUUACUUCUUUGUUGCCAACUACAAAGCAUGAGACGAUCUACUAGGCCUGACUAAGGAUUAAGUAUUGCUUUUGUUUCCGCCUUUUUAGCACAAGUUCCUCUUCUCGCUCUAGCCCUUCCCACAAACACACACACACACACACCAUCCCUAUAGAUGAGUUGUAAGAUGGGUCCAUUACCACGUUUUUAGCUCUUGAUAUCACUUUGUUUUGGUUUGUUAGUUUGUUUGCCUAAUUUGCCAAAUUCGUACUUACCAAUUGGAGGUAUUACGUUUAUAGGGCAUUUACACCUGACAUUGAAGCAAAAACUACUUGUUCCUCUAUCCUUCUUUGUUCUAACUUUUUGUGUAUUUUUACACUCCUCUUGCCUCCAUUUAGGCUUUCCUGUUCAGACCGGGCGGGUUUCACUCGUAAGACAUGUAAAAUCGGCUGAGACGGCCUGUAAAGUGGUGGAAUUUCCGCCAUUCUCCUUCUAUCCAGACAAAGAGGUACACGUGCAAAUAACGACCAAUCACUGGAACAUAAGCAGGAAAAAUUUUAUACAUGACGCCACAGUUUCAUGGGUACACACCGUUAACUACAAAAACUUUGAGGUGAAUAUCGAAAACAAUGUUUUAGUUUAUCCUAAAGGACAGCGGUCUACCAAGUGAUGAUAGUUACUAGGAUUUAAAAAUUCGCAUACUCGUCUUGUAUCUUUUUAUAAUUUCUCUUAUCCCUUUUAUUGACGAUUUGUAAAAAAAAAUCGUCCCUUAAUUGCUGAGUCAGACGUAAUUACUGUUUAAUUACUGUUCUUUAAUUCCUGUUGUGCUUCGGUAAUUUUAUAACUUGUACCACUUGUAUCAUUUUAAUUUUGCUUAAUCUGCAUGUCUUGUUUAUUCUCAAAAAUUAACAUUACACGUAACAUACAUAACUUGGUAUCAGAUUUUUUCCCUGUGAAUAUGUAGCCCUUAGCUUUUGCAAAUGUUAUCCGGUGAUUAAAAAAGUAUACCGAGGAAGCCCGAAGAGCAAAAUGUUUGUAUUCUCGAUUCAUCAGUAAUUAAAAACCUGCAAUUACGAGGUAAAAUCUCAAUUAACCAAAUAUGUGUUCAAUUGUAUCUUUAGGUCUGCGUGACAGCAGCAGGACGGAAUGACCGCUCUACUAAGGAGUUUGCCACAGUGGACUGGAUGGCUUACCAAGGAGCACCUGAUGGCGGUGUGGCGGGAAAAUCACGCAUUUCACAGUGGUGGACUGGAUCACAGUGUGAAGAAGUUAACCUUCCCCAGGCAAUUAUCUAUUUUGUUUCCAUUUUCUGGAAUUGCGCUUAAGGUAGUUGUUUUUUGGGACCUAGAGGUGGCGAGAGGUCAUGCCACCCUCCCAUUAGUAAUAUCUAUGAUUACGAAUCUUACGGUGUUAGCAGUAAGUCUCGCAAUUUCGAUGCUGAAGUAGGAAAUUGCAUCAUUUUUUCAAUUGCCGCCAUACUGGGUUUUUAAUGUCUUAGGAAGGUGCCCGAUUGUAACGAAAUCAAGUUGUUCAGAUAUUUUGCAUUAUUCUUAAAAACCAUAAAAGUUGUUUUGCAUAGCAAAAAAUAAAUCAACAAAAGUACGAGAUAUCCUAUCAAUGUGAACCACGGUCAAAUGCCUUAUUCUUCAAAUAAUUUCGAUCUAAAAAUGCUUUUUUUCAGGUUGGACUCCAUAGCACAAAGUAUGUUUAAGAUUUUUUUUAUUUGCAGGCUAAACCCCUUAAAAGUGCGAAAACAAGCCUUCAUUCAUGCACUAAAUUUUGUAUACAUGGCAAAUGUUCGUCUUCCAAUUAUGCCUAGAUAGGUUAAAGCAUAAACCAACAGAAACUGAAACGAUGAAACGAAGCGGACAAAACCGGCCUUGUACAACCCAAGGCCAAACUCGUGGGGGCCAGACACUUCACCACCAUACGGAAAGGCCAUGUACAAAUCGAAAAAAAGUCGUGUACUUCGUACAUGCAGAUCGUGUUUCAUUCUUUCAUUCUGAUUUUUUUAAUUCUUUGUUUUGGAUAUGUUUCUUUAAAAGUUAACAAUAUUAAUUAGUCUGGAGAUACGACUUUCCAUUCUUGAUUUUCAUUGAUUUUCAUUAAUGGUUGCUUUAUAGGGAAAGUUUGCUACUGCCCCAAGAAUCCUGGUUACAGCACAACAUAUAAGUGCAGCCUUUAAGCACAACGCUGCGAGUUUGUGGGUGGAGAACGCAACCAGUUCCUCCUUUUACAUUUGUCUUCGAGAGCUGCAGAACUAUGAUGGUCUGCAUGAAGAUAUCUUUGUGGUAAUUUUACAUUUUUUUUCUUAAGAGAUAUACAUUAUGAACACUAAAGAAAAAAGCACAGAAAACAAGGCUUUAAUGAACCUUGUGUUAAAGAGAAGCGGACAUUAAGGAAGAAGAUAUUCCAUCAGCUGGGGCUGAUAAAAAAUUCCAUAGUCUUAUUUUCAUAUUCUUCUGAGAAAAAGAGCAGCCACUAUAAGAAUAUCGCAGCACUUUGUUUCAAAUUUUAGACUCCAUUUCACAACAAGUGAUUGCUAAUCAAAUCUUCAGUAAUCCAGCCAGGAACGCUUUAGCUCUUAAAUGACUGUUAUUAAAGGCAACUAAGUGUUCAGAGUCCUGGAAACGGCCACUCUGUAGCGGAAAAAAACGCUUUUUUAACCAAAUCCAAAUUUUUGGACCGGUUCAGUUUUGACCAAUCGGCAUGAAAUUGGCUAAAAAAGAGAUUUGCAAAACCAGAUACACUUUUUCUUGCUAAUUGGAUGUGUUUAUGCAGCUAUGUUGUAAUACUUUUUCAGAAUUGGAUGGUCUUUGAAACAAUCCACCGGCCCCUUUUUGCCGAGAGCAAACAAGUAAAUUUUCCAAACAACAGCCCUGUUUCUACAAACUACAAUGGUGCAUUUUGUAAGGUAGGAAGCGAGCUCGUUCUGUAAUUUUACGAUAAUCCGUUGGCAUGUUUUAUGUUCUUCAGCAAUUUAACAGAUAAAAAAGCUAUGCAACAGGUUUUCCAUGUUUCGCAUACUAUGUUGUAAAGCGGUGUUUUCUAUUACUAUCACCACCUUCACAACAGUACUCCUUUUAGCCUGCGAGGAGGCUCCGGCUUGUGCGAGUUCGGGGGAAAAUUUUGCACUGGCGGCUAUGCCGCCGAAAUUUCCCUCGAACUCGCACACUUGACCCUGCUCGCAGGCCAUUCCUCGAGAAAAAUCCCAGCUAGCGUGGGGGUGUGAUUGAGCAACUAGCUCGCUACACGAUGAGGUACCAGGAAUCAUAUUUACAUCUUGGUCUUUAUUCUUCUUUGACUUCUGCGAACAUUCUUAAUCUUAAUCUUCUUACUCUGCUUCUCUACUCAAUCCUUACUCUGACCUAACUAAGUUUUAGCCGUGGUAUAGUAGCGGUUUUUAUAGCCAAAGCUGGGCAUGUUUGGGUUAGCUGACCGUGGGAAUAAAAUCAAGGUAGACUCGGUAUGGGUAAUGUUUUGUUAUUACUGAACCGACAUGGCUGCGAUCGGCAAGAAGCUACAAACUAAUGAAAAACUAAAACGCUGGUUAACACACCCAAACAGGAACUUCAACGAGACUAAUGAACCAAGGUCAGCUCUAACAUCACAAACACGACCACCUAGCGAGCUAAGCAGAAAUUCAAGUACAUGUAAAAGCAAGUGAUCAAAACAGGAAAACACGUAUGUGGACAAAUCAAGACUAACCUUGACCCACUUAAUGAAACAAAAACGAAACUUAAAAGAUGAGACAGAUCUAAAAAAUCAAUUUUCAAUAUACUUCACAAGACUAGUUUUCGGCACCUAUCACCAAGUAUCAAAGGAAAAAUAGUAAUUUUAAUUUAAUUUUCAUUAUCAUAUUAACAGCCAUCGUUUUCUAUACUUAGGAUUUGCAGUUUGCAAGAAAUUACGACAAAGAACCCAUAAUAAUAAUAGCAGCCAGUCACAACUCCGAGGGCAGCAAUCUGAAACCAACACACAUGUCCGUUACUACAUGGAUUGAGGUAUGGAAAGAUGUAGUUGUUGUAUGUUAUAUUUACGAGUUCAGAAUGCCAAAAAAUAAGCAAAUAAGUAAAUAAAUGAGUUAGCUCUGAAAUACCCUUAGGAAGUUAAGCCCUUUAAAACAAUGUGCAUGUACCAACUUAAGCCAAGGCUUAUUCCGCGUAGAACUUUCAGCAGUUAUCAACCAUCGUUAUUCAAAUAUAACACAUUGUGUGUUUCCAAAAGUAGUUUCUCCCGCUCCCUGCAAAUUUGAAGAGUUUCUGAUCAGUAAUUUCGUGUUAGCAAGAAAGCGACCUCAUGGCAGGGCUUUAGGCGAAAGAACUCAAAACCAAUGUUGCCUUUGCUACGAAAUGAAUGGUGUGUAGUGCAAACAAACUGGUAGUGAUGACCAUGACGAGUAACGUGUAACGUGUAUGAAUUUAUAGAGAGGUUAUCUGAAAAAUGAGUCGUUUUGCUAUCUUUGAGAGAAUUUUCUUGGCUUUUGAAAUUCAAUUUAAUUGAUGCCCUUAAUUUAAUUCCGUUACCGGACAAUCCUGUGAAAUCUUGUCACCUUGACCUUUAUUUAACAAGUAGUGGAGGGGCGGGGAGUACAAUAGUCACAUUUUUAUCUUUAUCACUAAUAUAUAGAUUUAGCCAGGGCUAAAAGCGAAGCUCCCGUUAAUAAAUUCAUAAUUUAAAUCAAACAAUAAACUUGUAAUCCACAGAUCAGGGCACACUCAUUUGACUUUUGAGGCAAAGGCUGAGUGAUUUUAGAGAAAAAUCAGAAUUCGAGCGUCCAAGAGUGAAACAAAUUUUACAUCAAGUUAUUUGUACACCGAAAAAUAGCAAUUAUGUUCGAUCACAGUAGAUUAGGCCUGGAAAACAAAUAGACCUAUUCGUGUAUUGUAUUUGCAUUAGCUGUAUCAUCAUAAUAUGGCAUUCACCAGUCUCUCCAACAUUGCUCCGUUAGAGAGACUAUGGAUAAUUGGACAACCCCGAAAUAUAAUUUUAAGAAACACAUGCGCCACGAUAGUCCUUGGUGGCAGCCAAUUUACACGUUGCAUUCCUCUGUCUAAAAGAAAGGCCAAAAUAAAAAUCAGGCCGGAUUUUUUGUGUUGGACAAGUUUAGUUUACUAGUAAAUCUUGGCGACGAAUCUGGUGGCGUGUAAACCAGCCUUUUAAACAUACUUUUUCUCAUCACUUCUCAGGUAAACAGUACACAGACCUCGGACAGAAUUUUUUCUUUUUUGCCCUAUUUAAACUUAUAAUUCUGCAGUUUUUCACAAUUUUGCAAGAUAAUUUGCACUCAUUCAAUAUCCACGACGAUCAAAGCACGCGCUUCCUUUGCACAACAAAUUAUAGCAUUGAAUUAUAAAACGUUUUCUGUUAGAAAAAUCUGGUCCUAUGUGAUAUGCGGGGUAAUAAUUAUGGGCUUUUAAUGAAAACGAUAAAAAAAUUCCCAAAAUCACUUUUCGGCCAGCCGGACGGGUUCUCACUUUUGACAGGCACCAAAUUUGCAGUGCGAUUAAUAGAGUUACCAUUUACGCUUUAACAUGAUAGAGAAAUUGUUAUGUUUAGGUUUUAUUUCCCUUUUAUAGAUAUUCAUUAAAGUGUGUAUGAUUUUGUUGUGUAAUCUUGAAAAGCGAGUGAUAUUUACGCGCGGCGUUUUGAGUAUUCCUACAUGCGAUGUUUAUGUUGGACUGGAAACAACCGGUGCAGCGAUGAAAAUUGCGAGAGGGACUACUAACAAUCAAUAAAAUAAGUUUAAUUCGGUGAAACAUGUACAGAGACAAUAAUUUUCAUUCACGAAGAGAAGUAUUGAGAGGAAAGUGUCUCAGAAAAUCAUGAGUUAGGCAAGCAUAAGCUUAUUUAUGUUUAAAGCCGGCUUCCCGGUGUUCGCUCUUUUUCAAGAUGAAAUCGAGGCAAGAAAAUCGCUCAGAGCUUUCUGUUUACAGCCAAAAUCAUAACUAAAUAAUCUUCGGAACCUUUUCUUUGACUUUGCGGGUCAAAAAAUGUCUAAAGGCUUUUUAAACCUGUUUCCUUUUGUAGGUUAGAUCAUUGCUCGUGUUUUAACUUAAGCCGCAUAAUAUAAACCAUACGCUCGACUUCAGGAAACCGAAAAAAAAAAAAAUGUCAAAAACAAUAAUGGCUCAAGCUUACCAGUCGAGAUGCUGCUUCUGAAGGUCAUCAAGUGUUCCAGAAUCGCUUGAGACUUUUCAACGUUCUUACGCCUCAAGCAAGGGCAAGUGAGUAAGCUCAUUUUUGAAAACGAUGCCAUCCGAAAUCGGAUUUCCAAUGACUUUGACAAGAGGUGCAUUUGUCAACAAAAAGCGCAAUAAACAAACCAGCCACGAAUUACAGAACAAUCUUGAUAGCAGCUGUAUUUCAUUUUGUACACCAAGUAGAAAAAGACAGUUUAAAACAUCACAAGAUGACACAAAACUCUCUCAGCUCCAGCUAUCAGUAAGCAAGUUUCCAGACGCUGCAAAAGUUUUCCGCAUAAACUCACCUGUCAAAUUUUGACCAAUCAGAAUAUAAAAAUUGGACGUAGAGCGUGAUCAACGCGUGACAGUGAGAAAAGUCAAAAGCGAUUGCCUUCCCUGCAUGUAAAUGUAAAAGCCGGUUGAAUUUUCGUGUCCGAGAUCAGUUCGAAAUCAACAUUUUAAAAGUGUGGCUCAUGAAACACGUCUUAUUUCAUAUGCAUUUUAAAAAAAUUGAACUUGAGCCUGCGAUCAUUUGAAAAGUAGCAACUUGUCAGCGAAUACCUUCAAAAUAUUACUCGAACUCAGAGGGUCGAUACCUGAGCCCGCGAUACGGUCAGGCGAUACUGGUCACCAGAAACACUGUUUUGACAGCUGUCAAUUAAUCAAAACAUGGAUGUACAAUAUCAGGUUGCAGGCUCCCAAACUAGCUAGAAAGUGCGAGAUUAAACAUUGGUAUGCCUGUGGUGCGGACGGACGGAGUGUCGGGUGGUCGGUGUACGGUCACGUGAUUGCCGAAUUUUCUAGGAUGGAUAGAUUUUCUAUAAAGCUAUGGGGCUUCGAAUUGAGCCCGUGAUCAAAUAAAACAUCAGCGCAAAACUUUAAACACUACGUGACCUCAAUAGAUAGAAAAAUGAGCCCGCGAUCCACUCAGGUGAUGAUGGUCAGCGUAUACUCUAGUUUGACAGCUGUCAAUUAACCUUCAUUAGAAUGGCGAAUAUUCGAAUUAACAGACUACGAGUGUGAGUAGGACAUUUCCGUCCGGCAUGUACUGGAAAAUGCCAGAUGGUGUACCUGAGCGAACCUGAGCCCUCGUUAUUAGUCUUCUGAUAGCGGUCUGCACAUGUCCCAUUUUGACAGCUGUCAAUUGACCUUAAUUUGGCCUGCCAAUGUAACUUUAAACGACUGUCAGCCAACUGACAGCCUUGCCCGGCGUAGUUUCGUUUUUAUGUUGAAUUGGUAAGUGUGACAUAUUAUAUCAGCUUAUAUAUAGGGGCAAAACGACUGGUCUUUUAUCUGAGCCCGCGAGACGGUCAUGUGAUAAUUGUCAGCGGAUGUCUGAUUUUGACAGCUGUCAAUCUAAUCGUACUCAUACGGAUGGCUUACAUAACUAAGAGGCUAGUCAAGUUGUGCAAGAUCUAUUGUGACAUUUGACAUCGGUUUACAUGAAGUGUGUGUACGGACGGGCGUACGCUACGUCAUAACCAAAUUUUCUGGGAUGGAUGGUUUACCAAAUUUUCUUACCCAUGGUGCUCCGCUUCGCGCGCGCGGGAGCUCCGCUAAAAACAUUUUGUAAAUAAUACAAUUUGUCGAUAUGAGAGUAAAGAAUUGUGAAAAGAAGUUUUGUGAGACCACAUGAUCUCUCCAAAUUCGUCAUUUUUGAGUUUGAGGCAGCCACCAAAACUUCUGAGCGCGCAGUUGCCCAGUCAACGAUGAACUUAGCAAAAAUACGUUUUCUUCUAUCCUGGAUUGAAUACAGUCACACAAAAAUUUCCUUUUUAGCCAAUUUUUUUCGCAGUUUUAGCAUAGAAAUGAAUCACAAGAAAAUUUAUGAGACACUUACUUGCAAAUAUCGCAAAAAUAGCGAGAAUAACAAAUUUAACAAAAUUCUAGACUUAUAAAGGGAAAAGGCCAAGAAGGGCCUCGAGAAGUCGGCAAAUUUCGCAAAAAUUGAAAGGGUAGCUAGAAAUUCCCUUGUUAUCUAAAAGACAGGGUAAUAAAUAUCGUAUCCAUUCGUAGUAUUUUAUCCUGAAUCUGCUGUUUGGUAGAGGAUAUUAGCACUACAUCAUCUGCAAAGUCUAGGUCAUCUAAUUUAGAUGUGAACAGUUUCCACCCAAUACCAUUCUCACCAUGACCGACUCUCCUCCUCAUUACCCAAUCCAUAACAAUCAAGAACAAAAAAGCCUGACAUCUUACAUCCCUGUUUGACGCUGGUUUUAAUGUCAAAUGACUGGCCUAGUUCCCCUUGGUCUUCUGCAGCACCCUUGAAGUCUUGCAACUCUACGCGAUUUUCUCGUACUGCCAUAUUUUCUUCAUCAGUUGAUAUAUUUUCUCUGAUGAAAACUCUCUGUCUGCUUUGAGUUACUCUGCUGUUAUGGAGUCAUUCCCGGUACUUUCCCAUUUUAUAAUCCCUUUAUCGCUGCCUUGACUUUGCCUACUGUUAGGUUGUUUACUGCUAUCUCUUCUACUGUGUCAUGGACGUCAUGUAUCCUCCCGAUUAUCAGUUAUUGGGUUUGCUGGUGCUUCCCUAUUAAGCGCCUCCUUAAAGUGUUAAGUCCAUCUUUCCUUUACUCCACUGUUACUACUGAUGUGGUUUCCAUUCUUGUCUAGAACCGUUGUGCUCUGUCUCGAUCUUUCAUUGCAUACCAUCUUUGUAAGCCCGUGAUCUAUCUGAUUCCUGGUUAUCCUAUUUGGCGAGUACCCAUGUUGCUUUGAGUAUAUUCUUAUGAGGGAAGAGUCUCUUUGUGAUACCAAAAGGACUUGUAACAAAUAUUACAAAAAUAGCAAGGGUAACAAAUUUAUCAAAUUUAGAAAGAGAAAAGGCAAGAAGGGCCUCAAGAAGUUUGUCAAAUUUCGCAAAAAUCGCAAAGGUAACAAUAUAUAUAUAUAUUUUUUGUUAUUUAAAAUAGUGAGUGAAAAAUAUCGCAAGAAUAGCAAGAAUAACAGAUUUAAUAAAAUUCUAGAUUUGGAAAGAAAAAAGACAAAGGAACAGCCUCAAGAAGUCCGCAAAUUUUGCAAAAAAAUCGCAAAAACAACAAGAAUAUUUUUUUGUUAUCCUUUAUAAGUCUGAACUUUUGCGUAAAUUGUUACAUUGCGUAAUUUGUUAGCGUGUUUUGUUGUUGUUGUUGCUGAAUAAAAGUUCUUCUGACUUUUGCGAUUUUUUGCGAUAUUUGCAGGCUUCUAGAGGACCUUCCCUAAUUUUUUCUUCAUAAGUCUUAAUUUUUGCUAAAUUUGUUAUUCGUUUUUAUUCUAGCGAUACUUGUUAGCGUUUUUGUUUUGUUGAUGUUGUUUCGCCCCGUUCUUCACAGGCCUUUUUUCCCAUAGCAAAUGGCAUGGGAACGCUGCCCUGGAUAAAAUCCCUCGCUGGAAAUGAGAACUCUCGAUUCCUUUUGUGCUGAGAAAGAGUUUGGCGUUUCAAGCGAAUAUACAUGCUAUAAAUAGGAUGUUAUUUAUUUUGCAGCACAUUAAGACUGGCGAAUUCCGUAUUUGUCUCAAGGAGUUGUACGCUAACCAGCAUGAUCCUGUGAACGUGACCUAUGCAGUACUAGCAGGUGGGUUAGAAGGCGAAAAAAAAUCUUCCUUUGCAAUUACAAUGACCGCGAACACUUGAAUUAAUUCAAUUAUAUAAGUUUCAAUUAUUAUCAUUACUAUUAUUACUAUUAUUAUUAUUAUUAUUAUUAUAAAAAAGGGGGCCAUAGAAAGUGUUCGUAUAAACAGGGUGUCCGUAUUAAGCGGGUUGAAUUUAGAGAAAAUAUGAGGGCUUACAUUCCCCAGGGACAAGGAAAACUGUCCGUAACAACUAGGUGUCCGUAAAGCGGGGUCCGACUGUACGAGAUAAAAACUCAUACCUGAUGUUACAAAUUCGGUAAGAAGAAAAGCUAUAUAAAAUGGAGAAAAAAACUAGUAAAUUAAAGAGAAUAAGACAGAAAAUAUAAAUAAUCUACAAACGGAGUUACAUUUAAAAUAAACUGAGUCUUCUUAUAAAUGUAUUCUUGAAAGCCUCCGAACGUUUCUUGGACUAGUUGUUAAGUAACAUAAAAUUAGCAUAGGAGAAGAAUAAAUUGAGCAAAAAAAAUACUAAUCUUAAAUUUGAAAAAUAUCAAAAGAGAGAGAGAUUGAUUGAUUGGUCUCUUAUGAGAUCAAUUUCAAAGUCGUUAAUAAUCUGUAAUAUUCAGCGCGUACAACAUGAGCCUCUCAAGCACAACAGUGCAGGCCUCACGAGGGCGAAUCCAUGACAUUGUAUUACUAAAAUCCUCUCCUUUCUUGGUUGAUAAAAGUUUAGCUAGUCUACUGUGAUACCUCUUCCAUUCAUCUGCCAUUCCUCUGUUGGUAGUAAAUACCAGUGGAGUGAAGGAGCCUUGUUCGACUUCUAGCACCUUGCUGGCGAACAUUUUUUUUCUCUCACUCUUAUGCUGGGGGUAGAUUUGUUUUGUGCUGAGGCCUUUACAUUAAAGACUCUGCAGUCGGGUAACAAACCCUAACGUCGAAAAAGGUAGUGUCUUGCCGCUCCAAAAAGCCACGAGCGGGAAUGUCGAGCCGGGAAUCCGCUGUUCUCUUGGUACCAGGUGUCGGCACUUCUUCGUUUAUCUCCUGAAGUACUGGCUCAAUUUGGACGUCAUUGCAUCAUCUUUUAGCAUUUCGGCUUCCAAAUCACGCGACUCCUUAUGUCUCUGAAUGAUGAACCCCCUUCGUCUGCGCACCAUGGUGUGGUCUACAUCGAAAACAUCUCCACACGCACAAGUAGACGGGGUGUCGCUUAGUUGACAUCUUAUCUCAAACGAAUGGCAUCUUUAAAUUCUCUCUUAUUUAGAGAAAAGUCCACAUAGACGAAAAAACACCGUGUACUGCAGUCCGAGACAUUGAUCAGAACUUAUUUUAUAGCAACACUGUAUACUUUGUCUUUACUUUUUAGUUUUUCAAUCCUGACCAGUUUAAAUACAGUGUCAGGCCUUGUAUAUUAAUGAAGCUUUGUUGUUUUUAAAAUUCUUUUUUUCAAAAUGUCAAUAUACGGCCCCGGAAGUGAAGUGUGCGUGGUACAUGCAUUGCAUUCCUUCCCCAAAGCUAACUGUCUUACCAGUCACCGCCUUGAAAAACCGUUUUUCCUUACUUUGGGUUAUUUUCCCCGAACUCUCGAUAACGCGAACUUCCGAUAACCCGAACUUUUUUCGCGGACUUCCCUUCGAGUUAUCGGGAAUCAACCAUAUAUAUUAAAAUAUGCAUUUAACCUCGUUAACCUUUCAUUGCUUUGUUCCUGCAGAUGUAUGUAAACCUGGUUGGUCAUAUUUUGGUGGCAUUUGCUACUCAACCAGUCAAACAUGUAAGAACUGGACUGAAGCCCAGAAUACUUGCCAAUCAUACAGCGCUAAUCUCAUCAGUGUACGAAACCAAGAAGAGAACGUCUAUAUUCAACAUAGGAUGAAUGGCGCCAAGGGCUGGAUUGGGCUAAACGAUAGGGUUACGGAGGGAACUUUUGUCUGGGCAGAUAAUCAAACAAACAAUUUCACUUACUGGGCUAAGAACCAGCCCAACAACUUCAACAAUGAAGACUGCGUUCACACCUUGGGAGUAGGACAUAGUUUUAUGUGGAAUGACGUGAGCUGUGAAACCUGUCACAACUACACUUGUUCAGAAGGUACUGUGGAGCCUUAUUAUUAUUAUUGUUAUUAUUAUUAUUAUUAUUAUUAUUAUUAUUAAACUCUGAUUGGCUAUAAAGGAGUGCAUCUCUAUUGCAACACAAGUGCAAAUUUGUACUGAAACUGUAGCACAAGUGAAAUUACAAAUUCUUGAGUUCUUUUAAAAAUGGCCAAGGAAAAAAAAAAAACAGAAAAAAAAAGAAACCGACGAGUGCAAACUUUUUCCUGUAGCAACACAUUCGCUAAAAAUGUGUGGUAGGAUGCGAAAACAAACCACAAAAAAACAAAACAAGGAACCAACUACUACUAUUAUUUGAAAGCAUAGGGGUGAAUCUUGAUGUCGCUCAGAUUCAAAAGAGUGUCCUAUCAGGGAAAGCACGAAUCCUCCGACGGGUUCUUACUACUAAUGUUGCAAGAUGUGACCUGUACCGAGAACUAGCAACCAGUUGAACACUUAAAGUGUAUAUAUAAUAAUAAUAAUAAUAAUAAUAAUAAUAAUAAUAAUAAUAAUAAUAAUAAUAAUAAUAAUAAUAAUAAUAAUCUAUUAAUCAUUGACAAAAAAGGGAACAACUGCCAAACUAUAGACGUGGUAAUUCCAGAUGAUGGAAGGGUGAGAGCAAAAGAGGACGAGAAAGUAGAAAAAAAUCAAGAUUUCGCUAAAGAAAUCCGAAAGAUGUGGGUCGUAAGGACAAAGGUGAUACCCAUAGUGGUGAGGGCAUUGGGGACAAUACCAAUGAGGUUAAAAGAAAGUCUGAGGACCACAGGUGUCGACACAUCCAUUGAACUGAUUCGCCCUUUUGGGGUAAGCGAGGAUCCUUAAGGCCGAUACACACGAGGGAUUUUGCUCCCGGAGCAUGCUCAAGGGGCACGCUCCGGGAGCAAAGCUCUUCCGUGUGUACCAACGAUUUCAUGGGUAUACUUCAUCCUCGGGAGCAGAAUUUCCACCCUGCAAAAUGCUCCACGAUAUUUAACCGGUUAAAUAUUUGGGAGCAAGCUCCCGUGGCAAAUUGAGGGAACUUGAAAACGCUCCCUCGUGUACUGACACGUGCAAAAUGAGCCUGGAGCAUGCUCCGGGAGCAAAACCCCUCGUGUGUUUCGGCCUUUAGGAAAGUGUUGGAGAUGUAGACUUGGGCUGAGUUGCUCAAGGCAUGGUUAGCUUUAACCAUUGGUUAAGCAGUAUCAAAACCAAUACGUUGUCAAGGUAUUAAACGCUGGUUAACGCUAACCAUGCUUCGAGCAACUGGGCCCUGGGAGCAAAAGUAAAAUGAAGGACGCCUCUUGGCUUCCCCAGGCAACUGGAUGCUGCCCGGAGCCAAUGAAAACCAGAUUUAACUCCUUUUUUUGAGAGUAUAAUAAUAGUAAUAAUAAUAAUAAUAAUAAUAAUAAUAAUAAUAAUAAUAAUAAUAAUAAUAAUAAUAAUAAUAAUAACAGUAAUAAUAAUAAUGAUAAUGAUAAUAGUAAUAGUAAUAAAUAUUAACAAGUUUCUGAUUAAUUUGUUGAUCGACUGAAUGACUGACUGGCUGACUGACUAAUUUAUUGAUUGAUUGGUUUUAAUCAAUUAAAAUUGGUCAUGGAGUUGUUGGCUGAUAUAUUCUCGGUUAGUUGAUUGAGAGGGUUGUUUUAUUGACUUUUUUUUUCGUCUUACACUUGGUUUUUAACUCCUUUUUUUGUUUUUUUCUUUGUUUGUUUGUUAUUUCUUUUUUCAAACAAGAUUUUGAUGAAUGCGUAGGAGACAACAACCAUUGUCACCAAAAUGCUGUCUGUACAAAUUCUCUUGGUUCCUAUAGAUGUCGUUGCUCGACGGGAUAUACAGGUGAUGGCUUGGCGUGCACAGGUAUCUACUCUGAAAGCUCGAUCUGAUAUAUUGCCCAUUCGAAAUAGAAACAAGUAUAACUAAGAGAGGUCUUGCAAUCUGGCCCGAGUUGUUCAAAAGGUGGAUAGUGCUAUCCAGUAUAUAUAUCUUUUUUCUAUUCAGUGGAUAAGACAACUGGUCUCCCUAAUGCUUUUCCAGUGGGUACUGGGAUAUAUCAAUUGGAUAGCGCUAUCAAUCUUAAGAACAACUGUGGGUAUUAGAGUUGAACUGCGACUUACAAAGCAAGACAGUGUGACCGACAUUGCACACAUCCGAAUCGUGCCAAACAACUCUGGAACCUGCGUACUUUGCAUCAUUUGAAUAAAAUCCAAUCCGGCCAGGAGAAUGACCAUAGAACAUCGCGAAAAAGUUGUCAAUUUCAUCAGUGAACAAAUUUUUAAACGAAUAGAAAACAGCUUCUUUUUAGCAGGAACAAAAAUCUGAGAAAGUUCUUUGAAAUCAAUCAAAACAUCCAUAAGACUGCAAAGCUAAAGAAUCUCGUCGCCGUUCAUUCUCGAUUUGCCGAUUUGCAUCGACAAUCGCUAAUGAUAACUAGUAAUAGUUGACACUACAGCUGCCCCCGUUCUGUAUAUUGUCGGUCAAUAGUAUUCUUGCUUGUUGUGUAGCUCUUUAAAAUAUACCGAUUCAUAAUGAAGAUUUUCACACAUAUUUCACACAAUAGGUGAGAUAAAUACAGAAAACGCAAGGUUCCAUGCACAGUUUCAGCUCGAUUUACACAGCUUUGAUCAAAGCAUUCUCAGUUUCGAGAAUAGUUUAUUUUCAACCAUAAGAAAAGAUUUAAUUAGAAGUUGAAUUUUUCGCUAUUUCUCUCUCACUUUUUACAUUCAGUUCAUUUUAUUUGCCGGAAAGUAAGCCUUAGAAAUUAAAAGGACGUUUGAUCGAUUCACGCUCGCGCAUUCUAGUCUUAUCUGAAACUUUAUAACGGAAGGACGUCUGUGAGCAGCGAAUAAGUCAGCACAGAAUUUGAUUGUCGGCGAAUUUCUGUAUUCGUCCAUCGUUCUGUUAGUGAUAGGCUAGCCGUUGUUCACUCGUCUUUCUUGUUUGGGGCUGAGUCUUAUUCCGGUCAAAGAGAGAGAAAGAGUGUCAGGCAAGGUUUCCAAUAUAAAUCAAAGAUUUGUGAACUCGUGUCUUAACUCUCCAAGUGUUUAUAUAUGCACAGUUAAAAGCACCGUAUAACCUCAUCUGCGCUUAACGAGUGUCUUUUGGUUCAUAACUUUCAAAACAACUGCUCCACAGAAUGUCGCUGCGUAAUGCAAAAGAGUAUCGAAGUAUGACUGCCCAAUAAAUGAUACAAAAUCUACCUGAGCGGUCCCUUCGGGAUUUUCUGUCUUUACGUUAUCCUAAUCAUUUCGUACUUGCGGGCGCAAAAAAUAGAAACGUCAUCAUUACCUACCGAUUCCUCGCGGCCCCUGUUCAAGCAAAUCGAGAUUUUUUCUAUAUUGAGGGUAUGACUGUAUAUUUCAACUGUAAGUACUUUCCUUAAUACACGCACGAGUUACUAGAGUGCCUCCUCGGAAUUUCGCCUUCUGGGCGAAAUCCCUGCUCGGGCAAUAACGAUAAUGAAGUUCAUGAAGAACAGUGAAGUCAGCACAAAGAGCAGCCUGGGUGGAUAAUUUGAAAAUCCUGGCAGCGGCCUUUCAGGAUUAACUAUAAACAUGAAGUGUUGUGAACAACCUCGCCUUGCCAAACAACCUCUCCAGUAUUACCCGUUUUCGUUUACUCAGUUCAACUGGACGUUCAACGUUAAUUAUUAAUAUUUCAGCAGUUUACUAAUCUCUAAAUUCCUAUUGAGCUGUCUUGUAAAAUACUGAGUAAUUUUUUUUGUUUUUCUUUCGUUUUCUUUAAUUUGGGGGAAGCGCACAAAGUCUAGAGAAAAUCGGUGUCUUCAGGCGUCAGUUGUUCAAGAGACAGAUAACACUAUCACUGGAUAAAGUUCUAUCCAGCGUAUAGCGCAAUAGACCUUUUUACCGAUACGGCGGCCAUAUUGAAUUAAUUCCAUUUAAGGGUGAAUUCUCCUAAAUAUUAAUUUCGAGGCCCAAAUGAACAUGCAGUCUAAAACUGGGAAUAAUGUAUUUUGUAACCUGUGAUCAAGCUUCCUUUAAAAGCAAUUUAGAGAUAUAGGGUGGCAUGACUGCAAGUUAUGUACCGUGUACUUCUGUCAAAAAUAGUGUUCUUGGUGUUUGUUUUUUGUUUGUUUGUUUUUUUUUUUAUUUUUUUAGACAUCGACGAAUGUUCUUCAGGUUAUCAGUGUGACAGCAGUGCGACUUGUUAUAAUACAGCUGGAUCUUACACUUGCAUCUGUAUUAGCGGUUAUACAGGGGAUGGACGAACCUGUAGAGGUAAAUUAAAUACCUUUUUUCCGACCCAUUACACAGUCGUGAUGAACUGUUAAUGGGUGAUUUCUUAAGCCGUUGCUAAACUUGAUUCCACAGAAAAAAAUCUUUUGAUCAGUGUUUAAACUUCGCAGAGUAAUUCAUUGCAUGAAACGGUAGACUGUUCUAGGGCGCUGUUAGUUUUUAUUAGUAUAUACUAAAACAGUGGAUAGUGUUUUUCGCUCGCUGUGAUUGGCUACUCAAUCAGUGAAUAUCCUGCAUUAGUAUAUACACACUCAGUGAUCUUGGUGAUUUAAGCAAUCUGAUUGGUUCGCUAUCUCGGACUAUUCAACAAUAUUCACCUCCUAGCGAGUGGAUAAUGUGUGAGCUCGGUGUUUUUCCCGUUUUUUUUAGAGAACGAUCUUUUAAAAGUCGACAAAAUCCUAGGGCUGACUUUUUUUAAGGCAAGAAAAGACUUGGAAGGAUUCAAUACGGCGUUUUUCAAUUUACUGUAGCAGGAGUUUUGUGCUCGAUGGAUUGUUUACAACUCCCGUGUAUUCGCGUAGAAGAAGCCGUUUCGUGAACUCAGCGUUUUCUAAGAAGAAAAUUUUGCCUCAAAAAUCGAAGUUUAUUUAUGACAAACAAAUUUAAAAGGAAAUGUUUGCAGAAAUUCUACAUUUCAAGUAAACAGGAAAAAGAAUGAUACAGGAAGACGACCUCUUACCUCGAGCAACCGAGCCGCCAUUUUUGUCAGCACUUCAUGCGAAGAACGACACAACAUGCCCUUUUGGCUAUAAACUUGGCGAGUCAACAGAAAACAACACAGCUCUACUUUUUUUCUCAGGUAAGGAAACAGUUCAAACUUUUAGCGAUUCCAUUGAAGCCAUUGCGCUGUUGUUUGCGAAAUGAGUAAACUUGUGAAUUGCCAUGUUUGAAAAUUCUGCAAAGAUCUAUUUUUAAACUUACGCGUGAUUUGAUCUGUUAAUCAAAUCCUACUUUUGAAUGGUUUCCUUUCUGAGAUCACUUCGUGUGUAUAUACUAAAACAAUUAUUCUUCUCAAUCUCGGUGAAUAGUGGCUUUGGGAAUAUUUACCUCGCCGCUUUCGCGGCUCGGUAAAUAUUUUGCCACUAUUCACCUCGAUUUCAAAGAAUAAUUGUUAACUAUUCACUGAUUCACCUCCAGCUUCUCCGGGCGAGCGACGCCAAACUCGCGUAAGUUUCGAACAAAAUACCUUGCCCGGUUUGCUGUUGUAACGAACAAAGAAAUUUCACAACUAAUCAGGCAAGUUGUUCCCGAAAUACACGAAGAAGGUGACGAAGUUCGGGGUUGAAGUUUUAACAGGUAAAGCUUUGUCAUUUUGACUUGAGUUUAUCGAUAAAACCGGCGAAAAAGUUUUUUGUUUACAAAUGCAAAUUAAGCUUAAGUCUUGCGUUACUUUAUUUAGUUGACUUGUUCAUAAAUAAGCUUAAAGCUAAAUUUAAUAAUCUUUUUUACAGAAUGAUCUUAAAUACAAAAAGAAUUCACAACUCCUUUUGAGGAAAUUUCUAGGGUCUGCCGGAUUAUGCUCGAAAAAUAGAGUAUUAUGCUUUCGGGCGUCACCCGUGAAACUAGGGUAUUAUGCUCAAAAUUAUGCUCGACUGGAGGUAUUAUGCUCAAAUUAUGCCGGAUUAAAAUGACACUUCCACCCUCCCCCGGCCUGUAUCUAUUAAUAAACAUUCCUAGUCUUUCAUAUUGAAAGAAUUGUUAGACAACAGUUAUUCAGUUAAACAUUCGAUGAGCAAGCGAAAGGUCGGAAAUUGUGAGGCAUUGAAAGGCUUACUAUAUGUCUUUCUCCAAUGAACUUGGAUUAUAGCAAAAUGCACUGGGUACGAGUCUAACGUAUCAAGUUAAAAUAUUCCCACUUUGAUCAACUUUGUACAUUCUAUAGCGUCGCUGAGAGCGAGUUGCUGGCAAAAUUUGCAUACACCUCUCACAGUUUUCAGAAACAGAGGCAUUAUGCUCCAAAAAUGUUAGUAUUAUGCCAGCAUUAUGCCUGAUGCUCCAGAUAUAGUAUUAUGCUCAAAAUUAUGCCGGCAUAAUCCGGCAGACCCUAGAAAUUUCCCCGCAAGAGCUCAACAAUUGCCUUCAAAAGUUUUAUUUGUCGGCAAGAAAAAGCGACGACCGCGGCCGUUCGGUCAUUGCGCGCCAAAAUUGUAAUCGCUGCAGGCAACAGUAAAUGAGUUAAAAAUCAUCAUUUUUGUGCUCAAUUAUCUCACUAUUUUAGUAUAUACUGAAACAAUUAUUCACCUCAGUGUCGGUGACUAGUGGUGGAAAUUUACCUCGCCGCUAACGCGGCCUCGGUAAAUGACCACCACUAGCCACCUCCACUUCGGUGAAUAAUUGUUAUUUAUCCCAUUACGGUACCAUUUUGUCACAGCUUUAGAAGACGAGGCCCCAUUUAGAACUAGACAUUAUUUCUAGCUACCAAAAAAAUGGCACCACUGGCUAAAAACGGAUUGUCAAAUUGACUCAAAGCAGGAGUAUGCAUGGAAUUGGCAAUAUCCUGUUUUAGUAUAUUUUUAUACUAAAACAGUGGAUGGUGUUUUUCGCGCGCUCUGAUUGGCCACUGAAAGUCGGGAUAUCCAGUGCUAUUCACUGAUCCCGUGAACUCGCGUAAGUUACGAGCAAAACGGUUUCCCGGUUUGCUACCGUAACAAACAAAGAAAUUUCGCAAAUAAUUUAACAAGCUGUUCCCGAAAUGCACGAAAAAGGUUAAGAAAUUCGGUUUUGAAGCUUUAACAGGUAAUAUUUUGUCUAUUUGACUUGAAUUUAUCGAUGAAACCGGUGUAAAAGAGUAUUUUGUUUACAAAUGCAAAUUACGUCUUGCGUUUAAUACUUUAAUUAGCUGACAUGUUCAUAAAUAAGCUUUUAAUAGUUUGUAUAAACAAAAGGGUUUCAAAUACAAAAUAGCCUGCGUAGCAGGCGCAUGGAAGUAGUUGGCGAAAGAGAGAACGGGAACGCGGGAGGGAGACACGCGAGGGGCGAGGGAGUGCCUGCACGGAAGGCCCCCGAAAAUCGUUUCAACUUGCAUUCUGUGAGUGCGGAUAUUUCCAAUUGGUCGAGAGGCUUCCAAGGGAAAAAAAUACCGCGCGGGGCGAGAAAACUGUCAAUCAAUAGUACGUGGACAACGCAGUGAAGAUCUUAUAUUACACCACUAGCUCCUGAAACUACUGAAACCACUAAAUAUACAAUAUACUACUUAUACUAAGUAAACAAUCGAAGGUCAUGUCUCGGAGGUCACUUCAGUCUGGUUUAAUGGGACUAUGUGGCUAUAAUCUCAAAGAAAAGUUAGAAUGUUCAAACGGUAUUCACGAUGGAAAGAAUUGACACCAGAUACGCAUUAGCAGAAGUGGCGAGAGACAAAAUAGCGUUGCAAUGAAGAUCAGAGGAAGUAUUCUUUACUAAGGAGAACUUGGCGGCUUGUGUUGUCAAUGGAACGCAUACAAUCAAAACUUGGACGUGAUUGAUGAAAUGAAACACUUACCAGGGACAUUAAUUUGAAAAAACGUUUCACUAUAGUAUUAUUCGCUGUUCAGAGGCGACCUCUGAGGUCUGUUGUUUAUGUCUCGUUACUGUAGUAGAAAACUUGUCGGUACAGUUUGUGUUCUGAAGUUUAGGUUCGCUUAAUUAGUAACACGUGUCUGCUCCAAAAACGGCUGCCACUUACCGCAGAAAAAGCAAUGGUCAUUUUCCACGUACGCUGGGAUCGUUGGUGUCUGAGUAAGCUCAGAGAACAAUAUUUUUAGUUUUUUUUUUUAAUACACAGCAUGCAUUCUUUAAAAGAUACCCAGUUUUGACUUUGUUAUUUCCUAUUUAUUGUGCCUGUGGUUAAAAACGAUUUAAAGCUGUGUGUUAACCAUCAGUUUAUUGCUCCAUCGCUCUAUAAUCAGAUAACCCAGCUGAUCUUUAUAACAGAUAUAUUUAGACCAAGGAUAAAAUGUACAACGCUUUUUUGCGGCACGCUUUGUUUGUGCGGGGUCAGUCGUUUUCUGUCAAAACUUUUGACAGAUCACGCAACGGCUGCCAGGUAAUUAGGUUGGGAGCGGGAAACGAUUUUCGAUGCCUUCCGGGCAGGCGCUCCCUCUCCCCUCGCGUGUCUCCUUCUCUCGCGCAGGUUUUUUUCUUGUACCCACUAAUUACAAGCGCCUGCUACGCAGGCUAAAUACAAAAAGAUCGAAAAAGACCUUACAACUCCUUUGAAGAAAUUUCCCCAAAAUAGCCAAACAAAUGCCUUCAAUAGUGUUAUUUGUCGGUAAGAAAACGCGACGGCCGUUCGGUCAUUUGACGCCAAAAUCGUAGUCGUCUGCAGCAGUAUAAAAUGAGUUAAAAACAAUCAUUUUUGUGCUCAAUUAUCUCACUGUUUUAGUACAUACUAAAACAGUUAUUCACCUCUGUGUCGGUGGCUAGUGGUGAAUAAUUUUCAUCUAUCUAAUUUCGACCUGUCACAGGGAGUAGGACUUCCUUAUAGUUCUUGCACUUAAUUAAAAAAAUUAAUUAAAAAAAUUAAUUAAUUAAAAAUUAAAAAAUUAAUUAAUUAAAAAUUAAAAAAAUUGGAACCAUGGCGGACGGACGUGAACCUUCUGGUCCCGUUUUGACGAAAGAUACCGAGUCUUACCAGCUUAACCUUAAAUGGUGCGAAUUACAAUCCCUUAAGCUAAACGGGGAACGAUUAACGUGGACGAAUAACCUUGAAUCGUUAAAGAAUUUUGUGGAAAAUGGCUUGAAACUACAAGGAAAGUGGUCGUCGCCCGGAGGAAACGUAAAGCAAUUCAAAAGUUCUAACAAUAAUCUCGUCAUCAACUGGUAUAAUAAGAAACAGCUAACCCUUUGUUUCCAAGGUCGAGAUGGUCCCUCCUUAAAGGACAAGUUGGUCAAGUUUAUUCAAAAUAAACAGGGAACAGAAGCUGAUACGCCUGUCUCGGAUGCUUCAACAACCGAGCAAGAAAUUCCGCCUUCGCAAGAAGCCAAUGGCAUCUGCAGUAAUCGACUAGCUUCGGCCGCCGACGCCGGACUUGAGAACAGUUUUCAAGAGCGAUCGAACUCGGUUAUCAGUGCUGAUAUUGAGGGCUUAAAACUGGAUUUACUAAUUCUUCAGAAAAAGGUUGAAGCAAAUACAAGCCUUCUGUCGACGAAAUGCAAAUUACAAGAAACCGCUUUUAGCGCCGAGCUCCUCGAUUACAAAGAGAGGUAUGAGAAGGUGUUAUCGACAUUAUCUAAAAAAGAUAAUGAAAUUGAGGUGUUGGAGGAAAAGUGUUUUUCCUAUGAGAGCCAAGUUUUGUCCUUGCAACAAGAAAAUGAUUCUCUUAAGCUGGCAAUGAAGAUCAUUAUGCAAGAAAGAAGCGAGGGCGAAUGCCGCCAACAAAAGAUAUGUGAUUGUUGGUCCCAGGUGGGCACACUUGGGAAAAGUGUGAAUGAUAAACAUAUCCAGCGGCCGUUGGCGGCCUGCAAUAUAGAAACUCAGAACAGAUUUGAGCCCCUUAGAAGUGAGGUACAAUUCCAAGUGAGAAAUGAGGACAACUAUACUGCAAAUAACGAAGAAAGUCGCCAACAACAGCAACAGCAACAUUCACAUGUUGAUUCAUCUGAAGCGAGCCGGGCAUUUGAUUCAAUUCCAACUAGUCAUAACCGCUAUCAGGCCUUACUUGUCUCUUCUCCUUCGAGUCAAGUAUCCUCUGAGAUGCCACUGCAUCAGUCUGGAGCGCACGCAAAUACCUCUCGAGUUAGUGCAAAUAACUCCAAAAGCGGUGAAGUCGGAAAGACAAGACCCAUAGUGCUUAUUGGUGACUCAAUGAUAAAACACAUUGAUCCAAAAAGCUUUCGCAAAGACAUGUACAUAAAUUCUCUUAUCCCGGGAAAACCACUGCUGAAAUAGCUGAAGCUGUUGACAACAUCGCUGUUGCAUCCGCGGAUCCUUCUCACGUCAUCAUCCAUACUGGCACCAACAAUCUUCCAUCGGAGUCUGCCGAUUCAUGUGUCGCCGAUAUCAAGAGCCUUGUAUUGAAGGUGAAGAGCAAGUUUCCUAACUCAAGCAUUGGUCUCUCGGGUAUAGUCUACAGAGAAGAUAUCAACGUCGAUGCUAAACGCAUUGAAGUUAAUGAGAGGGUCAAGCUCACAGCAGUAGAUGAUAACUUUACUUAUAUUGAUAAUUCGGUUAUUGACGCCUCAGCAUUAAAUGGUAGUAGACUUCAUCUGAAUGCCAAAGGUUCGUCAUUGCUGGCCGUGCAAUUUAUUAAGUUUUUAAGAUCUGGUUCUGGCAAGUAUAAUCAGUCUCUUAAGGGUUUUCAGUCCUCAGCUAUCCAACAACUGGUAAAGCUUCUGAUGGAACUGGGAAACCUUCCCUCUCCAGCUCGCAACAGGAGACGCCCACGCUAGCUUCUCAACCGAGUGACGUAUCAUCAGGUAUUCCUAAUCAAAACGUUGAUUCAUUUGAAAGUACAAUUCUCUCUGAUUUUUUCUUCCUUCUGGUCGUGGUUUUAAAAUUGCAGGUUUAAACAUUAAUAGUCUUACAAAGCAUAUUGAUGAACUAAGAAUUCUCCUUGCCGAUCGCUCCAUUGAUAUUCUCUCAAUUAAUGAAACUAAACUUGAUGACUCUAUCAAUAGUUGUGAGGUCCAAAUACCAGGCUAUGAAUUUAUUCGUCGUGAUAGAAACAGACAAGGAGGAGGAGUAGGUUUUUAUAUAAAAACCUCGAUUAAUUUUGGAGUUCGCUCUGAUUUGAAUGCACCCAGUCUUGAAAAUUUAUGUAUAGAGAUUCGGAAACCAAACUCCAGGCCAUUUCUGAUAGCCACUUGGUACAGACCUCCUUGCUCCUCAAUUGAUUUAUUUUUACAUUACGAAUCAUUUCUUGAGAAAUUAGAUUCCCUCGGCCUAGAAUAUUAUCUGCUAGGUGAUUUAAACUGUAACCUGGCCUCUGCACAAUAUGAUUUAAAUACUCGACGCUUAUGUGAAAUUUCUGAUUUAUUUGGGCUUCAACAGCUUAUAACUCAACCUACUCGCAUAACGGAAUCCUCUUCAACAUUAAUCGAUUUAAUUUAUACAAACUAUACUGACAGGGUAGUCUGUUCCGGAGUCUCUCAUAUUGGUAUCAGCGAUCAUAGCCUUAUUUACGUUUAUAGGAAAUUAUCUCUCACUUUUCCUUCAAAAGGGCACUCAACCAUUUCUUAUAGAAAUUUCCAAAAUUUUAAUAGAGAGAGUUUUCGUAACGAUAUCGCUCAGCAAGACUGGUCCUGUACUGUUUCUGAAGAUCCAAAUGUUUUGUGGACUGACUGGAAAACGAAGUUUUUGGAUAUUGUUAAUAUUCAUGCGCCACUCCGAACUAGACGUACUAGAACAAAUAAAGCACCCUGGAUCAAUUCAGAAUUAAAGAAAGGCAUGCGUGAUCGUGAUGCUGCCAAAAGAAAAGCAAUUACAUCGAAUGAUCCACACGAUUGGAAAAGGUACAAAAAGUUGCGAAAUAUAAUAAACAAUGACAUCAAAAUUUCUAAAGCAUCUUAUUAUUCUAAUGCAUUUAUUCAAUCUAAGGGUAAUCCUCGAAAAACGUGGCAAACCUUUAAUGAGCUUACAUCCCGUCGUGUGAAUAAUACAACGGUGAAAGAACUGAAAUUGAAUGAUACCAUUAUCUCUAAUUCUAGUGAGCUUUCUGAUGCUUUUAAUGAUCAUUUUUCAACAAUUGGGCCCAGACUUGCUAAUGAAAUACCUCUAACUGCUGAAAAUAAUUCAAGUUAUAUCAAUAAUAUAAAGGUAAAUAACAACAAUUUCAGCUUCUCCUCGACUAACUGCAGCAUUGUUUUCUCACAUCUAAACAAAUUAUGUAGAUCUAAAGCAACUGGUCUUGAUAAUAUUUCUGCUAAAAUUGUACGUGAAUGUGCUGAUCUUAUUUCAGUUUCACUAUGUGAUCUCUUUAAUAAAUCUUUAGUCUCUGGUAUAUUUCCUGAUGAUUGGAAAUGUGCUAGAGUUACUCCGUUGUUCAAGGAAGGUGAGCCAUCUGAUCUGAAUAAUUAUCGACCUAUUUCAGUCAUUUCCGUUAUAGCUAAAGUGUUUGAAAGGAUUGUUUAUGAUCAGUUGUAUAACUUUUUGACCAAUGAAGAUAUCAUUUCUAAUCAUCAAUCGGGUUUUCGCUCGUUACACUCAACUGCAACUGCCCUUCUGGAAGCUACGGAUAAUUGGGCCUUUAAUAUUGAUCGUGGCAAUGUUAAUGCUGUGGUUUUCCUCGAUUUAAAAAGGCUUUCGACACCGUUGACCACGAUAUCCUUCUAGCUAAAAUGAACCUUUACGGAAUACAAGGUACAGCUCUUGAUUGGUUUAGGUCGUAUUUAACUAAUCGUACACAACGAUGUCUUGUUAACGGUUCUCUUUCUAGAAUCUGCUCUCUUAAAUGUGGGGUACCGCAAGGAACAAUCUUUGGCCCCUUUUUAUUUCUUAUUUAUAUUAAUGACUUGCCAAACUGUUUUACUUCGUGCCAGCCUAGAAUGUAUGCCGAUGACACCCACAUUACUUAUGCUGGCGUUGAUGUGAAUUCAAUACAGUUAACUCUGAGUCACGAUUUAGAUAACCUAAACAAAUGGCUUAUUUCCAAUAAACUUACUUUGAACACUUCUAAAACUGAAUUCAUGCUAAUUGGCUCCAGACAAAAAUUGAGUACUUUGUCGAACCCACUUGAGCUCUCGAUUAAUAAUGUUCCGAUAGAACACGUUUCCUCUGUCAAAUCGCUUGGAAUAUUUAUUGAUGAAAAUCUACGGUGGCAAACACACAUUGAUAAAUUAUCUAAAAAGGUCGCUUCCGGAAUUGGAGCAAUAAAAAAGAAUUAGACCUUUUGUCCCUCCACCUACCCUUCACUAUAUAUACAACUCACUAAUUCAAUCUCAUUUCGAUUAUUGCAAUCUUGUCUGGGGUAAUUGUGGUAAAACAUUAUUUGACAGGCUACAGAAGCUUCAGAACCGUGCCGCUCGCGUUUUAACCUUCUCUAGCUAUGAUGCUGAUGCUAACCGUUUGAUUAGACAACUCGAUUGGAAAGACUUGAGCACUCAAUUUCAAAUACAGAAAUCCAUAAUGGUAUACAAGUCUUUAAAUGGCCUUGUUCCUGAAUAUUUAUCAUCUAAGUUUGUUAAACGAAAUGAAACGCGUUACUCCCUGAGGGACUCUGUUAACAAACUAUUUGUCCCAUUUCCGCGAACUAAUUUCAUGAAAAACAGCUUUACUUAUAGCGGAGCAGUUCUCUGGAACAGCCUACCCUGUCAUGUGAGAGAAGCCGAAUCUCUUAGUCAAUUUAAAAGAUUAGUUAAUGUUCACUUUUAAUGUUAUACACGGCAUUCAUGAAAAACAGGUUUUAGUUAGAUUAGUUGUAGUCAGGUUUUGAAUUUUGUUUAGGAUAGUUAGGUUAUUUUUAAUUUUUUUAAAAUUCCUGAUGGAUUUUACCGUGUUUAAAUAAAGAUUGACUUGACUUGACUUGACUUGACUUACAAUCAGCCGGUUCGACUCUUCGUAUUACUAACUUUUGUGUAUUACGUGGUCUGUGGAAUUUCAUCUGUAAAAAUGGUUUAUACGGAACAUGGUUAUAUUUCCUUGCAGAUGUGGAUGAGUGUUCGCUUAAAACUCACGACUGCGAUUCAAAUGCAAUCUGCAACAAUACAGGAGGGUCAUUUACUUGCAAGUGCGACGGAAAUGCGUUAUACUAUGGCGACGGGAAGACGUGCUCUCAUCACCGUAAGCGGACAGUCACUUAUUUUAUUUUGAAAUUGAUAAACGCAUUAAUGUUAAUUUUGUGGAUUAUUUGCAACGCUCUUCCGCUUCAUUUUGUGACCUUAACAACGUUACUCUCAAUGCUGACCAACGAAGUUGUUAGCAUUCAACGGCGCUAACAAAAAUCUACAGUAGUGAUUGAGAGUGCUUACCCUGGGUAUGGGUGCCAGAGACUUUUCUAGUGCGGUUUCCGGUUUCUGUCAAGUCUUUAUAGUGAAUGUGUCGGCCCUCGGCCAACACAGAAAAUUCCCGCCGCACGCGAGAAAAACCUCUGGUACCCAGGGUAGAGAGUGCUUGAAGCUGACAAAACUCAAGUCGCACAAACUCCUGGGAACGAAGUUGCACGUCACACUGUCCGAAACGAAGAUUCAGGGAAAGUUUAUUGUUGAGAGAUCCCCAUGGUGGGGUGGGUUUUACGAAGAGUGUAUAUAAAAACACCUCUGAAGAAAACUUUUCUCAAAGCCAUGUUGGAUGCUGAACAGCUAGCUACUACUACUUGAGGCACAGCUGAACAGUCGUCCUCUACAGCGUAAUUACUCCCGCAAAGAUACUAAUGGUUUUGGGAGCGUUGGUAUGCCGAGUAUCUGCAGUCUCUGACACCCCUCAAGAAAUGGUGUACAGACACGCGGGCAGUAAGCCCUAAGUUUAAAGAAAUCGUUCGAAACACCUAUAAUACACGAGCUCAUUCACUCAGAGUGAUACUUUACUUUUUGUUGUUUUGUAUAUUGAUUUUUUCUUUCUUUUUUUUCUCUUUUCUUUGCUUGGGGGAGGGGAGCUGGUGUUGUCUAGCUGAGCAGUUAUUUUGUACUUUCCCAUUGUUUUAUUACACUAAAGAAUAAUCUUUGGGUCUGUCUUUUUCUAGGCCUUGAUGACUCUAUCGUUUUAGCCAAUGACGCUAGCAUGAUAUCGCAGCUAAAUUCCUGGCUUAGUCCCAAGUUACGCAGUUCAUACAGUUACUGGAAACUGUGUUACAGAGCUUCCGUUGACGGUUGGAGAUCACGGACCUUUCACAAUCGUUGCGAUAACAAAGGACCCACUGUUACUAUUGUGAGGGUUGGGAGCUAUAUUUUCGGAGGUUACAACGACAAUUCAUGGCAAGGUAAGUUCUCAAAUAUGGUAAGCAUGACGCCAUGAUCGUCCUUUGUUCAGAAUAAUGUCUUAAGCCUAGGAUGAGGAGGAAAGGUCUGUUUUAUAACCCUCCUGUCUUUUGUAUCAUUGUAUUUAUUAAUUGUUCCUUGAUAAACUGAUACUAUUAUGUUAGUAGCAUGUUCCAGGCGUUCAGAUAGUAGAGCGCGGGAGAAAAAUUCACGAAGAAAAAAAAACGAGGGGAGACUCGCUCUCGCCCCCAUUCCCCCUCCAUACACCAUUUUACAGCUGUGGGCUUAGUAUCCUAGACUUCGAAUGAGUGCAAGACUGAGGUUGACCAUGAUAGAUAGAUAGUUGGAUAGUUUAUUAACAAUACUUUGCUGCACAAAGGCUGAAUUGCGUAUUUACAAAUUAUGCAAUUGAUAAAAUGUGUAUAUAAAACUAAUAACCGUGAAUAAAAAAGUGUGAAAAAUGUGAUAAAAAGUCUAAAAAUCUACGUACAGGAUCAAAUAAUAAAACUAUUCCUAAAACGAUCUGUCUUGCAUUUAGGUACAGUGAAGCGCCUGUUGCACCUUAGAGCAUAACAAUGUUGUGAUACAAACCUCCUUUGUUUUGUUAUGGAAAUUAUACUUAAAAAGUACUUGUUGAAAGAAAGCAGAAAUGGUUGUAUCAAAGCAAGGUCCACCCCAGACUCGUUUCCAUCCAUAAUUGUAAAAUGGUCUAUUGAACGCGACUGAGUUACACUGAAUCUCUAAUUGUUUGUGUUCUGUUUUUUUUGUCUCUUCAGGGUCUGCUGGUUAUCAAUAUUCGACAAAUACUUUCUUGUACUCACUAAAAAACUACAACGGGUAUGGAUACUUCAAAAACGACAUAACCAACGGCUACUAUAGCAGCGCCACUUACAGCGCAUAUAAUUAUGGUCCAACCUUUGGGGGCCAUGAUAUGUACAUUGCGGACAAUGCGGGAAGAAAUACCAAUUCUUACUUUUAUUGUCACUCGUACCGCAGGCCUUAUUGCGACUAUAGCAUUUGGGUUGGAACACGAUACGGGAAUAAUUUCCGCCCAGAUGAGAUGGAAGUUUAUUAUGAAGUGCUUGCUUGAAACUGGGCAGCCACAAAAAACAAAGGAAACAAGAAAAACAACAACAGUAACAACAACAAACCAGCGAACAAUAGACAAACAACAGCAAUAAAUAAAUAAUUAAGCAGAAGAUUUUACAACAAAAUGAGGUGAUAAGGCACCAACAGCGGUUAGCCAUAGCACUACUGGUUUUGUCCCUAUGAUGGGCCAUUUUUGUUGGUAGCUUAGUUCCAUGGUAGGAAUUUGCUAAAAGGGAGUGUUUUCCUUUGUUAGGACUUAUCCCUGUAGGUGUUCUUCGGAAUCUCGAAGGCGAUUUUGUUUUAAACUGAUCAAACGGAGAAAUAUUAUUUGCGUUAAUGGAAAUCCUGUCCGAAAUGACUAAACUCAGAUAGGCACACGCAAAUAGUUAUUUAUUUUUUUUAAUUAAAAUAGUAUCAGUAACCUAUAAACUAAAUAGAUAGCAAUAAAGAGUUUGGGUUCCCUAUAAAAUAUCCUUAUUUUCUCUUACUGAGCACAUAUUAGUAUUUUUCUCACUAAGCACAGAUCAGUAUGACACUCCCUACUCUCUAAGAUAUAAUUCCUUUUGUUUGCAAGCUUGGCCACUUUAUUAUUCUACAAGAUUGAAGCUAUUCAGUAGUACUGUUUUAUGUUAUCAUUGUUUUUUGUUUUCACUUUGUUUUUAAGUAUAACCAAUGAUGUAAAGGGCAAUGUCAUUUAUUCUUAAUUUAAAUGACUAUAAACUGAAUUGAAUUGUCUUAGAGGAGGGAAAGAGUCUUCAUUGGCAUGGAAAGCCGGGUAUGAUGCAAAUCCAACAUUGCGGCAAACUAGAAUGUUGUUUUAGCUGGUUUACGUUUAUCAUAGCUAAAUCUACGCACUAGAUUGAAGUCAUUUCCAAGCACGCGUGGUUUUAAUUGUUUUCACUCGUUAUCCAGACUCAUCCACCGGAACAAUAUGGUGCGUGCUCAUGGGCUAAUAAGUACUUACAAUUAUUACUCAAACUAGUAAUAACCAAGGGCUAUGGAAUGCGGGCGAGUUAAAGCUAUCAGAUCGAAGGUCAAAACGCUCUUACAUUUUAAGUAGAUCCAAAAUAUUGUCAUGAUACCAAC